AUGAAUGCAUCUGAGGCCGCGCAACCAAAACUUAGCCGCUUGAAGACUUUCAAGGAAGGAUGGCCGCAUCGCUUCUCUUGCCCCAACCCUCUUCAGCUAGCUAAGUCAGGGUUCGAGUACCAGGCGAAUGGGAUGUGUCUUGACUCGGUGGUGUGCUCGAUUUGUCAGCUGAAGGUGUCAGGAUGGCAGGAGGGAGACAACCCUUUCUUCAUUCAUCGCUACAAGUCUCCCUCGUGCAAGCUCGUGCAACAUGAUGUCCUUCACACUCGGAUCAACCUGCAAGGCCCCACAACACCGCCAUGUAGGCGCCAGACGUUUGUUGCUUGCCGAGGAAGGGUCGACCUGCAGCUGCGGCUCGAACAUGACGAGAGCGGAGGACCUGAGCGCGUGCUGCAUGUCUUCUUGCAGAGAGGGAGAGGGAUCGUGUCUGACGCACCGACUCCACCCAGCCCCGUGUGCGUCUGUCGCCUGCGCGUGAUGGGAGAAGAGUACGAGUCGGGCGAGGCCUGCAGUACGGCAGUAGACGAGCUGAGCACAUGCACAACAAGCCCGACAUGGAACUUCGACUGCGCCUUCCAAACUUGCGCUCCUCGCCUGUCCAUCCUUGAGAUCACCCUCUGGGACGCUGGUAUGCUCCAGGAGGAAGGCAGUUUGCUUGAAGAGGAAGGGAGACGGAGAUUGGAGGAGAAAUCCAAGGAAUGGACGGGGUGGGAAGAGGAAGAUCGCGAAGACUCGGCAGGGACGAUGGGGAGAUGGCAUCGUUCUCAGCAAGUUGUUGACUACUACAAGCACUCUCGCACGUCAACAGCUUACAUCGGAACCGUCAUGAUCAGUCUGACCCAACUCACUCAGCAUCCGGGUCGAGAGAUCCCAAUGUCGUGCAGUCUCAUCCAACCAACGGCCUCCUCCCUCUUCAUCUCAGCUGCAAGGAUCCUGCAGGCGGCCUGGAGGAGGCUGCAUGCUGUCAGGCUCGUCGCUCUAUCCCGCUGCUCGGCAAGGUGCAGAAGCAGCAGCUUCAGAGUGUUUGUGGUCGCAGCAAGAAACCUGCCCAUCACGCCGAUGAAGGCUGCUGACUUCCACCUCGCAAGGAGCGGAGGGCUCAACCGCUACCUCCCUCAGCUGGACUGCUUCCUCCGCCUGCUCGUCCUCGACGACUCGCUCCGCCCUGCUCGCGGGGUGCGAUGGGACGGGCUUGACGAGCUGUGCAACAUGCGCGGAGGAUUCCUGACAGACGCCGCGCGCGCUCCUGCAAAAUUUCCGGAUGACGUUCUGCGGGAAUACUCGGACGGACAGGAGUGGGCAGGGAUGGGCUGGGGGAGGGAUCCUCUGUUCAACCUCUCUGCGGCUUUCACAACAACUCAGAACAGCAACGCGAGGAUGCUGCGACUGGACGUGUACAACUGUCCUCCCGAGCAGGUGUUUUUGACUCCUGACCUCUGUAUCCAAGCCAACCUGGUGGGGAGGGUGACGUUGGACCUGUAUGAUGGAGAUGGUUUCAAUCACACGCUGGAGAGCUUUGUAAAUGUGAUGCUCAAAUCUGCGCGCGAUGAGUUGCAGAUGAAAAGUUUCGAAUGGAAGGAGCUUGUCGACGAUAAGUGCGAGGGAGUGAAGGGGAGAAGCAUCAAAGGCUGGUCGCCGUCUCAGAUUCUUUUCUCUGUUGAGCGCGAGACCAAUAACAUUGAUCGACAUGUUGGGAGGAGAUCGACGGAGGCAAGAGGACAAAUUCAGGGAGAUCAAUCAAAUGAUGAGCAAGCUGACAAGAGUGAAAGCCUUGACAAGAUUCGGACGCUAAGUGACCUGGUGGAGGAACGAGUGAAAGACUUGAAGAGCGAUUCCCAACGAGAAACGUUUGUUACAUGGGAGAAAUUUUCAGACGUGUUGAAGUUGCAAGGGACAUCUAUCAUAAGAGCUGAGAAAGAUGCAAACUUGGCUCUUGACCAGAGACCCAACGUCUUGUCAAAUUCAUUGACGGGAGGGGGAACGUUUCGUUGCAAUCUUCUGUUCUUCUCUCUUGUUGAGAGCGUGAGUGUUGGAGUUGGAGUUUUUGACAAGGAGGAUGUAGCCAAGUCUUACUGGGGAAGACGGAGAUGGCGCGAUAAGAUCUGGUGGGUCGACGGACUGACAGGACGAGCCUUCAACGGCGAGGAGGAGAUGAAAGUGUUGCCGUCGUGUGAGAUUGGAGGAGGAGAUCACAUCUCUCUUGAGAUACUCGACGAGGAUCAGUCAUCGAGCUUGCUGCGCAUCUUCAUCAAGGGGGGAAGUUUUCAAGUCAAAAUGCCUACCCGUUGCUCCAGCUUGCGAGUCUGCGUGCAGAUGUAUAACGAGAAUGAUUGUUUGGUCGACUUCAAGAACCAGCAGGAGCUCGAGCUCCUCCUGCAGAUGCACAAGCAGAGCAAGCAGAUCACAAACAUGAUUGAUGACAAUCAUGAUUCUACUGCUGGAGAGGAGGAGGAGGAGGAGGAGGAGGAGGAGGAGGAGGAGGAGGAGGUCGAGGAGGUCGAGGAUAUCGAUGACAUGAUUGCUCUGCAACAAGAAAUCGCUAUACAGCAGGAAAAGAGUGAAAGGCUCUCUCGACAACUUCUUGAGUUUGACUACCAGAUAGCAAGGACAAGGUUCCGAUCCACCGCAACCUUAUCAAGGGGGAGACUCGCGCUUGACGAGCUUGUUGUAAAACCAAUCACAGACGACAUGCACGACAAGCAGGUUGAGAGCAAACGAGCAGCAGCGAUUUCAAGGCGGCGGGCCGAGAUCCUCAAAGGUCAAGGACUCAUCGAGACCAAGUGA